UUGAUAUGGUUGCAGCACUUCAUCACCAAUUAGGAGAUACUGACGAGCCAAAUGAUGGCAAUGCCUCAGUGAAGAAGAGAACUAAUGUGUUACUUCUUGGUGAUCACCUUGGAGAUCUAGGAAUGUCUGAUGGUUUGAACUAUGAGAACCAAAUUGUUGUUGGAUUCUUGCGAUUCCCUGCUCCUGCUUUUUGUGAAACUGCAACUAAAGUUCUUGUCUUGAUGAUGGUUUCAAAAAUAGGCGAUGCCAAGAACAACCACCUAGUGACUUCUCUAUUGCUCAAUUCUAGUUUCAGGAGCGACUACUUGUCGUCCAUGGGCACUAGUGCUAUAAGAGGAUUACCCAGAUGGUAAAGUUGAGGAUGUUGAAUUGCCUGAGAAAGUGGACAUUCUGAUUUCUGGGGCUAUAUGAUUCAGAAGGGUGUUCUCAAAUGACCAUGAUGUAACUUUUGC